CGCCAACACACAGUCCUCCCCUUGCACAACCUGUUUGUGAUCGUCUCUUCUGCACACGACCACCUCGUGGACGACGUCGACAACGACAACGGCUCUGCCCUUACCGCGGGCGUCCUCUCUUUGAACCAGCGACGGCACUUCACUCAUUCAGUGCCUCGCAUCACAUUCGUUUCACCUGAGCCGUCCAGUCGCUGCAGCAGUCAUUCUACCACCAAUUCCAGCGAAUACCAACGACCGGUUAUCCAUAAUUUGCGUGCGACGACGAACUUUCUCGGUUCCACCGUUCGACGCUUCCAAUCAGAUACCGAAUGCAUCGGUUGUACAGACAGUACUCAUAAAAGAUGUUCGCUCACUUCGCGAACUUGGCACGAAGAACCGAUGGAGCUCCACCGUUUGACCGUACCAUGGUCACACUGCUGGUCGUGUUGCUGGUCCUCUUGAUCGUUGCGCUCUUCCUGGUGGCUGGACUCCUCUAUCUGCGCUACCGCCGCCGAGCGCGCAGGAAUGCGGAACUGCCUCCUUACAGCGAGGAUGACGAGAAGCGCAUGUCGUCCAUGUCGACGACUUCUUCGCAUCGACGCGUUAUGGUUCGACCUUCCGAAUCAGUUCUCGUCUAUUCAGAGAAACAGAGCUUGGCGGACAACUCGAGCAGCCCUCCUCCAAGUCCUCUUCCAGAGAUCCACAUCACCUUCCCCGAAGAGGUCGAUGACUCUGGCAAGCGAACAUCCGGUCGCGUGGUGGUGGUCCGUGUAGGAGACAACGGCAUUGGCCUAGAGCCAGUCGAGGGCUUGCCUGCUUACUCGUCGGAUGACAAGCGCUUUGAGUCGCUGGACCUCGACCGCAUUGGAGGUCUGGUUGAAAAGGCGAGAAACGCCCCAGGCUACGACAAGUUUGAGAAGAUCUAAGUGCCGAGCACGAAACAAGACUGAAGCUGAUUCACGACGAUAUGACCACUCUUCAACUCGUACUCCAGACAACAGAGCAUAGCUCUCACGACCCGCACGAGCAUGAGUCUGCGACUUUGUUAUUUGUUUCACGGCCGACAGAACAUGGUCAUGUAUGAAUGCAACCCGUACAUGCAUGACCAGACGUCGUGCUAUUAUCCGAGGCUGCACGCGAUACUGUUUGAGGCAGAUGUUUUCGCGCUGCCAGAAGUGAGAGGGCACUCAGAAAGGCAUAGUUAAUGUGUUACUGCUGGCAGCGCAGAGCUCGCCUCGACUCUCUUCUCGCGGUCCAUUAAGCAGUGUAACACCGAGCGUGUUUCUUCCUGAAUUUUCUGUAUAGUAAACGGUGUAAAAUAUUCAGGUUUCAUUUACACACAGACCGAUCAUCAAUGUGCACAAAGUAGUCCCU